UAUUAUUCAUGUUCACCAACACUGCAGUCAUUGAACAGAUAAUGCCGUGAAAUCAACUACUUUUUUUUUUUUUUUUUUUUAGCGUUUACGAUCGAUGCUGCCACUGCAAACUGCUCCGUUACUUUUCUGCAGACAGUCAUCGCUCACUGUUGCUAGCUAGAAAGUGUUUCAAAGAAGAAGAGAGCUGAGAAGUGACGCCUUGUGGAGGAAUCUGUAAAAAGAGAGAGAGAGAGAGAGAGAAAGUUGAAGGAGGAGGGGGGCUUCUUCAGUACCGUAGCUUGCUUGUUACACUAGCUUACCGUCAACUUUAGCUGCAGAAGAGAAAAAAAAGGGCACCGUCAUCACAGGGAAAUGAAAGCCUAUGUGCCAUCAUGGAGGGACCGACUUUAAUGGUAUUGCCCAUGAAUGACAAAACCAGGCAGACUUCUUCAGAUCUAACCCCAGGCCAGCGACCUCUGAGUGGGUCACCAAGAACUGCAGAGGAAGAGAGAAGAUUUUUCUUUUUUGGUUGAACUGGGUACUCCUCACUUUGAUGUCAAUGUAGUUUAGCUGAUUGAUAUUACCGUGGCUACCUGAUAAAAGGGUAUACUUACUCAUAUUUUUUUUGACUGACAUAUUCAAGUGACUCCAGUGGAGAAUCAAUAGCUGGUUUGAUCGGAGAUAAUCUUCUAGCUCGGCUUAUUCAUGCCCGUCAUGAGUGUACCUGCCCAGCAGAAACCCAGCACUAAAAGAACAGGCAAACGCAUCACGUUUUUCAACGAGCAAAGCGUAGCAAUGAAGGAGACCUCUCAACAUCCUGAAGGAUCCUAUUACGUUCCAGGUGGUACUGCUUCAGACCCUGGACAGAGCGAGGCUGCGAGUACUGUGACCUCUAAUCCAGAGGGCCCUCACAUGUACCUCAACUCUGUCAUCUUCAGUCCUGAUAAGGGUGACCAGAACAGAGGUCAUUAUCAGCAGACAGUGCCUAUGAAGUGGAGCCAUCAAGAGCCCAGUCAGCAGCAGCCAUCACUGUCCCAGCAGCAGAGAGCUGCCUCAUGGACCACAAUGUCGAAUUGGGGACAGAACUUUGCUAAUUACAUUGGAGUUAAUGUAACGGACUCAAGGACCCAGACUGCAUUUGUGAAAUCGAUGCACGACACAUCUGGCUUACAGCCACAUCAACAGCCCCCUAACAGAGCUGCAGACAAGCAGCCACUGGGGCCCAACCCAACAGUGGAAGCCUACAGGGAUGCUCGGGGCCUGGAUUGGGAGCAGCAGCAGCAGCAGCAGUCCCAGGUUUUUCAAGAGACCUUGAAACCCGGAGCACUGAACACCCAGCAGCACAGCGCAUCCCACCCUGGAGGGAGCUCAGUGUUGCAGCCCUUUCAGUUGGCUUUUGGUCAGCCCAAGCAGCACCUGCCAGCUUACUAUCAGACCUUCCACGGCAACAGGACAACCCUGCCUAACCCACCUAACUAUUCAGCACAGGCCAAACCCCCACAACAGUUACAGCAGCUGCAGAAGCAGGAGCAAAUACAGCGCCAGCAACAGCAGCAACAUCACCUAAUUCAGCAACAAAUUCAACAACAGCAUCAUCAAAUGCAGCAGCAACAGCAACAGCAACUCAUUCAGCGUCAACAACAUGUACAGAAGCAGCUACAACAGCAGCAGCAGCAGCAACUACAGCACGAGCAGCAGCAACAAAAGAUACAGCAACAGCAACAACAGCAGCAGCAAAUACAACAGCAGCAGCAGCAGCAGCAACAGCAGCUCCAAAUUCAGCAGCAAAUGCAACAUCAGCAGUUGCAACAAAAAAACCCUCAUGUGCUUGACUAUUACCCCGCUGCACAAAAUGCACACCCUCACCCUCAUCCACAACCUGUAGUGGUACACUCCCAGGAGUCCUCCACUCCAGCUCCCCCAAAGAUCCAGGAACCAAUCAUCCAGGACAUCACCCCAGAACCCCAGCAGCCUUCGGAUCCGCUGCAGCCCCCUCUCCAGUCUGAGCCCUUGUCUCAGUCGCAGCCCCAGACGACGCAGCUCCAAUCUCAGCAGCAGCUUCGCCGAUCGCGGCGGCUCUCCAAGGAAGGCGGUGCGCCGUCUGACAACCCUUUCCUUGCCUCUUCGGAUCAACCCGCCCCGGCACUGCAGAGCUCCCAGAACGGGGCCCGGGACAUCCAGGCAGCACCGACGGGCGUCAUCCAGAGCACGCGCAGGAAACGCAGGGUCUCCCAGGAGGUCAACCUGGAGACCCUUGCUCAGAAGGCCUCAGAAAUGGAGUCUUUACCAUCACAUGUUGUAAAGGAGCCCCACAGGCCGUGGAGUCCCACUGAAUCAGAGGGUCUGAACGCCAAGCGGCCUCGAGACGACAGCCUCCUUCCCCUCGUCAUCCCCGUGUCUGUUCCAGUGCGGAGGCAGGAGCCCUCCUCUCCUGACAGGGAUGAAGCAGCCCUUGCUUCCAACUGGCCCCCUAGGCCUUCAAACCCCCAGGACCUCGGCCGUGCAGACCACAAGCCCUCAGUCAUCGUCACCCGGCGUCGCUCUCUCAGGAACUCCUUGACCGAAAGCUCGGAGCAGAAUGGCGGCACAGAGGGGGAAAAAGAUGACGACGGCAAAAAGUCCAAACGGCGUCCCAGGCCCGAGCCUCUCUUCAUCCCGCCGCCUAAACCGGGCUUAUUCAUCGCCCCUCCAGUCUACUCCAGCAUCACGCCCUACCAGAGCCACCUACGCUCCCCUGUUCGCCUCGCCGACAACCCCCUCUCCAUGCCACCCUACACGCCCCCACCGAUCCUCAGCCCCGUUCGUGAAGGCUCGGGCCUCUACUUCUCCACGUUCCUCUCUUCUGCAGCUGCUGCAGCCAGCGGUCAGGGUCUGCCGCCUCCUGCAACGCCCAAAUCAGCCACACGCAGCCUGUUGCGCUCAAAUAGCUGCGACAUAACACCACCGGUCCUCUCUGCUAUGAGCGAGGCCACUCCGGUCAGCAUCGAGCCACGGAUAAAUAUCGGGUCACGGUACCAGGCGGAGGUGCCAGAGCUGAGGCAGCGGUCGGCUGUUGAGCUGGAUCAGCAUCGAGCGGAUCUGGUCUGGGCUCCACUGAACGAAAUGGAGGAAAAACCCGACUUCCACAAAAAAGUGGAAGACCUCAUGCACCUGGCCUGCUCCAGCGUUUUGUGUGGAGGCGGCACCAACCAGGAGUUAGCCCACCAUUGUCUGUACGAGUGCAAAGGGGACAUAAUGGCCGCUCUGUCUCUCCUGAUGCUGAGGAAUCCAAUUUUCCCCAAGUCUCAUUAUCUGUUGAACUACCACUACUCAGGAUCAGACAGCUGGACAGCAGCUGAGCGACGCCAAUUCAACAAAGGCAUCUCCACAUACAAGAAAGACUUCUUCAUGGUGCAGAAACAGGUCACCACUAAGACCGUGGCACAGUGUGUGGAGUUUUACUACACGUACAAGAAACAUGUCAAGAUCGGCCGCAACGGGACGCUGAUCUACGGCACGGCCGAGCCUCUCGACAGCAAGACUGAAGAGGAGACGGACCAUAAGGGCUCUCACAGACUGGAGCCACAGAGGGAGGAGGACAGCAGGAAGUGGGAAGGGUCAGCUGACAGGAAACAGGAUGUCUGCUCCAACAGAGUGACACACACACUGCAGUCCUCUGAGAACCCUGCGUCCGUCCUGAUCAUUAAAGGCCAGGAGGACGUCGGGAGGGACCAGCCUCUGUCCCGGGUCAUCCACCCGCCUCAUCCACCCCCUCCCACCUCCAAACCACACUACGAUGGCAACACACGCCGGACCAGCCCUUCGACAGGCAACAAAGUCACAGCUGCCCAGGAGGGAGAGUUCCCCUGCAAGAAAUGUGGCAGGAUUUUCUACAAAGUGAAGAGCCGCAGCGCCCACAUGAAGAGCCACGCCGAGCAGGAGAAGAAGGCUGCAGCUCUGCGCCAGAAGGAGGCCGAGGAGCGGGCGGCGGCGGAAGCAGCAGCCGAAGCCGCCGCCGCCCUGGCAGCGCGGCAGCAUAACGGGACGCGGCAGGUGGGCGGGGACAGCACCAACGACGACUCGUCAGGUGGAGAGGACGACGACGACGAGGACUGGCAGUAACCGCGCCUACGCAGCCCAUAGCAGCGGCUUUUUUUUCUACUUUUCCGUACAGCGGAAUGAGGAACGUUUUUAAAAAAAGAAGAAGAAGAAGAAGAAGAAGAAAAACCUUCCUGUGAACUUUUCUGUAUAUUUUGUGGAACAAGAAGACUUCCCUCGCUUGGCACAUUCAGGGACAGGUUUACUGGUGUAUGUGUUUUUGAGUGUGAGUGUGUGGACUGGCUGAGUGUGUGUGUGUGUGUGUGUGUGUGUGUUUGGGGAGGGGGGCGUGCGUUUGUGCGUGCGUGCGUGCUUUCCAAAACACCCCUUUACUCUGCUUAAAAAGCUUUUCAAGAGUUACCUCUCUUGGUCACAGGGCUCGGUCAAAUCAAAGCCAUGGCGCCUCUCUUUGGGUGGCGCUGUCCCCGCUCUCCAUGCCAGGCCACGGCCUUCCUCAGCACUUUCUGAGUCACGCCCUGCUUCGUUCGACAGGUGUGGAACUUUUAAUUUUUUUAAAUUUUUUGGACCCCUUUUCUCUCUCUCUCUCUCUCUCUCUCUAUCUAUCUCGAUGAGCCACAGCUUGCCUCCUCGCUUAAAGCUGCAUCCCAGGCCAACGUUUUCGGGGCGACAUGAACACUGUAAUGUCAGAUCUGAAAGCCGGGGAGAGGUGCGGCGAGGCAAGGCGAACAAAAAACCGAGGGGGUCGUGCCGUUAAGUCUCUCUGCUCUGGAUGACAAAACUGUUGCCUCUCAUUUAGCCGCUCUUCUGCACCCGAGGCUGCCCCGAAAAGCUUUCUCAGACGCAUGAUGUGCACCGAAAAAUGGGUUCCCACCCUCCCUCUCUCUCUCUCUCUCUUUCCGUGAGCAUUGUUCAUACGGGCUUUAGUUCUGUGAAUCCCCCCCCUCUCUGCCCCCUCAACCCCCCCCCAAACCUUCCUCCUUCAGCCCUCGUCACUUUUUAUAGUUCCCAGUUUGUUCUUCACUGUUGAUGCCUUGGAUGUUUUGAUGCUUUUUAUCUUGAAAUGACAAUCAAUUUUACACUGUUGGUGUUGUUUUUUGUUUUUUAUAAAUAUAUAAAUAUAUAUAUAUAUACAGGUAAACGUUACUCUUUCUGCCUGUGUAGCUCUAUAUGGUUAUUGUUGUUUUUGUGAAUAUUCUUGUUGAUGAUUAUUAUUAUUAAUAUUAUUAUUAUUAUUAUUAAUAUUAUUAUUAUUAUAUCCAAGUUUUGGCUGCAAUUUAAUUGAGCGCUUUUUUCCGUACUUGUCUUUAGCUGUUUUGUUAUGUUUCUUUUUUUUUUUUUUUUUAAUUUUAUUUAAACAAAAAACAAAAAUAAUGCUACUUGCUGCCUGUUUAUAACUGUGAGAUUUUUAUGGAAGCCAGAAAUGAAGAAAAGGCAGAAAUGUAUGUGCAAUAGAACAAGUUGACCCCCCCCCCCCCCCCCCCAUGUUACCAGAGCUUCUGAG